AUGAAAAUGAGUUUCAAUUUGAGAUUGUGUAUCAAUGACAUAAUGUUAUAUUUUUCUAUCAUCCUGGUUUAUGCUUUUUUGUUCAUAGACUGUCAUUUCUUUCCAGUUCCUGUUCCAUUGCCUGAACUUGGUCUUUGGAGGAAAGAGAAAAAUCACGCUAAUCCUUCAAGUCGCAAUUUUUGGCGGCGAAAGCCAGAUAACACAGGGUUCUUCACUUGUGCCGGAAAUGAUCCAUCAGUAGAUGGUAAUGUUAUAACACCCUUUGUCACUACAAAUCCAGCCAGACAGAUAACCCUUAGAGUUACUUAUACUUUGAAUUGCUGUGGAGCCAAAUUGUCUAUUGGUGUCUAUGUCCUUUUGGGCUCAGGUGAAACAUCUACACCCAGUGCUAAAAGCUUCAAGUACAUUUCUGCUUUAAAGAAUACCUCAUCAAUGACUCCCUUCUCUAGAGCACAGUUUACAUCAGCUAUUACCAUUGGAAUGGAAGGAGAGACUGGACUUUUUAUUGCUUUCAGAGAUCAAGGAAUUUGUGGAAGCCUUGAUUCAUUUCAUCUUAGUUACAUAGAAUGUCCAAGUUCAGCAGGGGAAUUAAUGUCAUUUCCACCUAAAACUCCAGCUCCAAAUAGCACAGUUUCAGUCCUAGAGGUGCUUGGAACAUGUGUUCCCAAUGCUGAUGUUCAAAUUUCGCAAGCAGCCAAUUACAUGUCUUGUUAUACAAAUGGUUCCACCAAGGUGAAUGGUGGCUGUCAUUGCAUAGCUGGAUAUGAGAAUAAUUUUUUUACUAGCUGUAAUGAAUGCCCUACAAAGAGUUUCAAAAGUGCUGCUGGUAACUUUGGUUGUACCAGAUGUGGUGCAAAUGUUGAGGACGGACUGAAGCCAAGGACAACACCUUGUAUAUGCAACAAUGGAUAUUACAGACCACUUUUAUAUCAAAAUGUUCCAACUGUCGACUGUGAAGCGCCACCAUCUGCUCCAAAUAACGUUAAGGCCACACAGAUUGGAUCAAAGUGGAUAUUACUAGAAUGGAUGGUCCCCAUGGACCAAGGGACUGGAGGCAAACCGAGUUACACGAUAAAAGCAAGCUGUGCUAGAUGUAAAAUACCACCUGACUUUACAACAUCUAACCGUUUCUUCAAUGUCACUGGGCUGAGCGCCUACACACGAUAUGACGUCAGAGUCUUUUCCAUCAACAAUGUCACUGCUGCCAUCGGCUUCGACAAGGCUAUGUACAACAGCACUUCAGUUUUGACUGGAUUUGGAUUGCCUUCGGAGGUUCAGAAUCUUGCCAAAAGGACAAACUCUGAUGCAUCAGUGACAAUUUUCUGGAACGAGCCAUUGACCAAGGGUGGUGAUGAUCUGCGAUAUUUUGUCACUGUUAAUGAUGAAAAAGGAAUGUUUACCACCAAACUGAAAUACACUGUUAAACAAGAUCUAGAAACGAAGAAGUACACUGUGUCUGUAAAGGCGCACACGAGCACUGGUUUUUCCAAAGGAGAAGUUAUUAGAUUUGAAAUUAAAGGAAAAGGUAUUUCACUGACUUUGGUCAUUGCUGUCGUAGUCACAUUGUUUGUCUUACUCUUGAUUGCUAUCGCUCUCAUCGUAUACUUCUACCGAAGGCGACAUCCAAAGCAUCUCCAAACUGUUCGACUUGAAAACGGGGAAGUGAUUCUACCAAGUGGGAAAGGCGUUCAGAAUUUCGUUAAUCUGACCUAUCAAGAUUUGGAGGACGUUGUGCAACAGUUUGCUAACGAAUUGGACCGCGGCUGGAUAAAGCUAGAGCGUUUGAUUGGUGGAGGUGAAUUUGGUGAUGUGUACAUAGGAACUAUGGAAAAACCUUCCGAAAAAGCACAAAUUGUCGCCGUCAAGACACUCAAGUCAAAUGUAAAUAAAAAAGCUAGAGAUGACUUUAUGGGAGAGGCAGCAUAUAUGGGACAAUUUGAUGACCCAAAUGUCAUACAUCUCGAGGGUGUGGUCGUUAAAGACCUUCCCAUAUUGAUUGUCAUGGAAUUCAUGAGCAAUGGAUCGCUUCAAUCCUUUCUACAAAAAAACGAUGAUAAAUUUACUCCACUCCAGUUACUAGGAAUGGCCCGGGGUGUGGCAUCUGGAAUGACGUAUCUGUCUGAAAAGAGCUACAUCCAUAGGGAUUUGGCAGCCAGGAAUAUUUUAGUAAAUGAUGACAUGGUUUGCAAGGUUGCUGAUUUUGGAAUGAGCAGAGAAUUGAGCAAGGAUGAUACAUAUGACACAACGGGUGGUAAGAUCCCUGUCAAAUGGACAGCACCGGAAGCAGUCCAACUAAAGAAAUUCACUAUUGCUUCGGAUGUUUGGAGUUAUGGUAUCCUGCUUUGGGAGGUAAUGUGUUACGGAGAAAGGCCAUAUUGGAACUGGGGCAAUAAUGAGGUGCUUGAACGUCUGGCUUCUGGCUUCAGACUUCCUCCGCCAAUGAGCUGCCCUAAAGUUGUACAUGAUCUCAUGUUAUCUUGCUGGCACAAAGAUCGCGUGAAAAGACCCAAAUUUAAGGACAUUCGUGGCACGAUUGAUAAAUGGAUACGGAGUCCGGAAUUGCUGAAACACGAAGAAUCGGUUGUGAUACAUCGAUCUGACUUCUAAUGUCAUGGAAGUAUCUUGAAGUGACAAUGAAAAUGUAUUUUAUGGCAUUUAAAAUUUUUUAAAACUUGUUCAACAUUAGUUGAUGAUUUCUAGUUUUUUUGCAUAUCUGGGGUAAAGGUUUUUUUAAAAAAAUCACUAGUAUUUCUGUUUCAGAAUGUCUUCUCGAAAUUCAUCCAAAACUUGUAAAAUUAUGAUGGAAACGUAUAUUAAGGCAUUUCAGGUUGUUUGGAACAAAGUGGUUUCCCGAAAAUUAACAACGUUUGAAUUUUUUGCAUAUCCUGGGUCCAACCUUUUAGUAGAAACAACUAGGAUGGUUAUAUUGACAUAUGAGCUUGACUUCCAUCCAAAACACUUUAGCUUGUUUCGAGGACAACAAACUGUUUUUUCAGAAAAAUAAAUCUGUUUAGCUUUUUCCUAUUCAAGGUCAGAGAUUUCUUGAAAGUGACUUGUCCUAUCUUAAUAUUUAUCUUAUCAGGGCCCACGCCACCGGGGGGGGGGGGGGGGGCGAGGUUGGAGGGGCCAUGCCUCCCACACUUUAUUUCGAAGCAAGUAGUUUUAAGCUGCAGUAAAAAAGCAAAAAGCCUUAUCUCAAAAUUUUAGCCUUCGAAUUCAUCCAAAACGCGUCAUAUAGUGUUUGGAAAAUUGAAAGCGCGUCAUAUCCGGGCUCACAAUGUUUUUUAACAAAUUAAUUCCCAAAGCAUGAUUAAAAUGAUUAAAAAAUCAACCUAAAGCACUUCAAAUGAUGUUUGAAACGACAAUUAAGGCUUGGAGGAAAACAAUUUUCUGAAAAAUGACAAGUGUCGUUAUAUUCAAAUAUUAUUUGAAGGUGGAAGUUUAUCUUAAAGGUAGAAAUUUAUCUUAAAGGCAGAAAUUUAUCAAAACGACAGCAAAUGAUGUUAUGAACGUAAUUUAAGACAUUUUUCAUUGUUUUGACCUUUUCUUUUACUUGAAAAUUUUUUAAUCUUUUAUAGUUUUAAAGUUUUGAUAAUUUUGAAAAGUGAUCAUCGAGAUUUGUUAUAAGGACCAGGGUUUAAGGUCAUGGGAAUUGAUGGUUCUUAUAUUUCUUGCACCAUUGCAGAUUUGAUGUUCCAGUACACAAUUUUUUUCUAAGAAUAAAGUCUAUAAGAAUAUUGAGGCUCAAAAUUGCUAGAACUUUGUGAAAUAAUCUAAGAACAAUGCCAGGCUCAACCUUCAUCAAGACUAUUUCACCUUAAUCUGAGUUUUCUCCCAUAGCAAAACAACUUUCACUUUCUUUUUUUUAAUGAAGCAACACAUCAAAAAAGAUUUAAAAAUUUUCUUUGAUCUGAAGGCGUAUUUACAACUUGUGUUGAGCAAGAAUAAUUUGAGAAUAAUCUUAGGUACACAAUCGAAAUUUUUAAAGAAUAUUGAGGCCUGGCAAAAAAUUAGGUAUUCUCAUAAAAAAAAGUAUGUGAUGUGUGAGCGGCUGCGGGUUUAUGGAACUUUAUUUAUAGAAUAGUAUUUGUGAUAUUUUCUUUAAAUUUAAAUAUCACUUUUAAACAAAUUCAACUGUUAUUUACUGUUGGCAUGGCUGAUGGGUUACCAAUGCAUCGCCCAACGUGCCCUGCAAACGAUGGUAUCGAGGACUCAGAAAACUUUUUGCCGAUCUCCUUUGCUGGAAUCUUUGAUUUAUUGCAAAAUUUGAAUAUACAAAUCUUCCCAGCAACGAUCUACUGCAGAUUUGUUGUACGGUGAUAAAAAACUUUCCAAAUGAAUUUAAUAGACAUAUAUUUUUCCUCACUAUCCAAAACUGACCGAUUUGAUUUAACCAAUUUCGAUGUAGACCACCCAACGCAGCCAUUUGGUCCUAUUUAAAGUAAAGACCCGUUUGGCCCAUUCUGUAUUGUUUUAACUUUUUAUUUAAGCUUUUGUAAUGGCCCCGCGGUAGUCACACCCAUUUGCUUUCUGGGGUAUGGUUCCCUGUAUUGUAGUAAAGUAUUUUUUGGUAGUAGUGUAGCCUGUAUGUAGUAUGCAUUGUAACUUGUUAGUGGAAUGUUGAAAAAUGCGUCUUCAAUGCUUCCAGCCCUCAUUUUGACAUGUUUUCCAUUUAGACUACAAAGACAACUCCGUCUUAUUUUGUUUAUAAUGUAAGAGGAUUGCCAUGCAAAAGAAGUUAAUCGAUAAACUGAACACGCUAACGUUACAUAGAGUGACUUUGGCAUUUUCUUGUUUUUAGAAGAAAAUUUUUGUUUCCGUUUGUUCUUUAAAUUUGAAAAUCCUGAUUUCAAAGAUACUGAUUUUGUCAUGAAAUUCAGUAUUUUUAAAGAAUUAAUGAGAAUCGCCGACAAACCAAUUUAAGAAAACGUGAAAAAGGAAAUUCCUUGAGUUUGCUCUCUUUUCGCUAGUUCUCAACCUUUUUUAUAAUUGAAAUGCCUUUAUAGCUUUGCUCACUUUUUUCAUUAAAACUUAUAAUAUAUAAGUACAAAAAGAUAUAACAAAAUAAUUCACUCUCCAGAAACAUCUCUACAAUAAAUUUGAACGAAAAGUGUAAUAGUAAAAUUUGACACUACUUUAUCAAAAUUACAUUAGCUGGUGGGCGCAUUAAGAGACCUCUGAAAACUUUCAUCUUUAACAAAAAAUAUACAGAUGCUGAUUUAAGAGGUUAAAAAAUACAGUAUUAAGCUAAGAGGUAACCCACAUUUGUAAUUUAUAAGCUAGAUAUUUUUUCAGAUCUGUUUACAUCUUGCAAAAAUGAUGACCAUGUCUCUUAUCUGAUUUUCAUAACAGGUUUUAAUCUCAUGGCAGCAAAUUUAAGGGAGGGGUGGGGUGACCAACAUUCUAAAUGCCAAAAGAAAUGUAAUUCAUUAAAGGGUUUGAAGUACAUUUUACUGUUUCCACAGGAGGGGGCGUCCUAAGACGUUGGAAGGGAGGCUGUUCUGUAUAGGCCACGCCCAAAACCACACGCACGCUCAUUCCCAAGAUAGUUGCGUUUGUGUUAGAGAUUUUCCGUUAACUGACUUAGAACUACAGAUAGGAAAUUGCCUAUUCACGGAAAGUCGAGAGCAUAGUCAAAAUUGCCAAGUAACGAAUUCCUCCAUCUAGAUAAAACUGGUUUGUAGAGAGAGGGCUGAGCCUCCAGAGUCCCCCUUCACGGCACCCCUGCUUUUUCUGUAGAAUCUUUCUAUGAGCACAAGCUAACCUAUUGUUAACAUGAUGCUUAUUGGACUUUUCUUUCUUAGUUAGAUACGUCAGCCCGUAUAAUGGAUAGGUUAGUGAUAUAUUGCAGAUUUUGCUAAAAAUAUUAUUCAUGCUUCCUGUUGUUCGGUAUCGGUUCAAAAUAAAAAGAAUUUUGUACUAAAUGUCAUAUUUUUCACUUGCCAUAUCUGAAUUAGCUGAUUUUCGCCAUUUGUUAGUAUGAUAAUACUAUUACAUUUUAAUGUUUGUAUCAAAACAAGUGGAAAUUAAUAUCAUACUACUCGGUGAUUCGGUUGUGUUCUUUCUGGCUACAUUCUUUUCCUUCUGUAAGAAUAUUGUUUAUAAGAAUAUUAGGGUCCAGAAUCAUCCAAUUUUUUAGAAUAUCAUAAAAAUAUUGCUCUAUCUCGGCUCCA